CAUGCCGCCCAAAUUGCUCUCCAAGAAUGGUGAGCGAGGCGUGCUACCGGUCAAUACCACCACACGCGCAGCACCGAAAGCGGUCGCACCACGUUUGAAGCUGGAGAUCCGUCGAUUACCACCGGGACUCACCUUGACCGAAUUCGAAGAGACUUUGGGAGAUGAGUGGAAAUUGGGAAAUGGCAAGGUGGAUUGGAGAGAGUACCGUCAGGGUAAAGUGAAGUCGGGUUUGGGGAAAUUCCCCGAGCAGAGCAGAUGCUACAUCCAUUUGGUGAACGAGUCGAUGGUAAAAGAGCUGGACGCGCGCUUCCUCGCCAUAGUCUUCCACGACAAGGCUGGCACUUACAAGCACUCGGACCUCAAACAUCUCCCGCCCACUAUUGGGUUCGCACCCAUUCAACGAACUCCUCUCAACGUCAAAGUACGGGCGGACAAUCGUCAAGGCACUAUCGAUACGGAUCCGGAAUUCAUCGCCUUUCUCGAAGCGGAGACACAGCCGAUUGUCAAGCCGGCCGCGAUUGACAGUGUGAACGUGGAGAAAGAUGUGACGGAGAAGGUCAAGGUCAAGAGCACGCCGUUGAUUGACGCCCUGCGGGAGAAGAAGGCGAACAAGGCGAAGGCAGCGGCGAGCAAAGAGGACAAAAAGGACGGCAAAGGACCUGCCCAGAAGGACAGCAAAGAGGUGGUCCCCACUACGGAGAAGGAUGUCAAGGCCGGUAAAGGACAGCAGCAGAAGGUUGAACAAGCAUCAAAGGAAGCCGUCAAGGCUUUGAACAAGCAAAUUGCUUCUAAGCAACAGCCACAACAGCGGCCUGCGUCGCCGUUGCAGACGAAUGCAAAAGUUGCCAGUCCCGCGAAAGGGAAGAAAGCCGUCCCGCCGGCCAAAGCACAACCUGCUGGAACGACACCAGCUGUGGCUCCUGCGGCAACUAUUGCUGCAGCAAGUACCGCACAGCCUUCUGCUCCUGGGCGGCAGCGUCAACGAGGCAAUAACACGGAAGGGAUCAAGAAAAUGCUGCAGAAAGACCUGGGUAUCAAGCCAAAAGCCAUUGUACAGAAACCGCCGGCGACACCCGCAGCCUCCCAACCAACACCUGCACAGGCAAAUGCAAAGGACAAGCCCGCAGCGACUCAAGCCGCCCAAUCUUCAGCACCUGCGAAAGCGCCAACAGGCCCGAAAGCUCAGUCGCAGCCAAAUGCAAUCACAUCGAAUCACAAAGCCUACCUCAAACAUGCCAAUCCCAGCCAGGGCAUGACCGAAAUCCUGAUCCAGCAAGCGCUCGCGAAGCACGGUGACGUCGUUAAUGUCACGAUCGAUCCUCGAAAGGGAACUGCAAUUGCGAUAUUCAAGACUGUGGAAGCGAUGAAGAAGGCGCUGGAAGCGAAGAAGAUACCCGUAGGGAACGGCCAUGUUGAAGUGUUCGAGUUCAAGGAUCGGAACGCGGGCAAUAAUGCUGUUGGUGGGAUGGUUGGUGGCGGUGGAGGUGGAGUGGGAGGAGGCAGAGGCGGCUUCAACGGUGCCAGAGGCGGAGGGCGAGGAGGUCGUGGAGUCCACUCCCUCGACUCCGGGCGUUACGAAAGUCGAUGCGCAAUCAUGAUCGAGGAUCAUGGGCCUUGGGAGAGGCGAAUAUCUAUAGCAGUAUGUCCAAAGUCAGCAGAACCUGAGGCCAUUCGCUCUCUCGUUCCUAUCAUCUGCUGUCGUGCACAGUGUGAUCUCAAGUAG